CAAAUCUUUGUCCCUCAGACCUCUGCUCUGUUUGAGUAUCUAAUCGAUCCAUAGAUGAAAGCGGAGGCAAUGGCCAUAUCCUCUAUCUCAUCCGACCUCCAGCGUCAACUGCGAAGCAUGACCGAUCGCCCACCGCCACUCCCCAAGAUAGCAGAAAUGCCAUGACCGCCAUCUUCUCUUGUUCCGAAUGAGAACGUCGAGAACGAGAGGGGUCCGCGUCUUUUAAAGGCGGAUAUCUUUAGAUUUUCGCCGAUGAAUUCAUGGUUACAAGAAUGCCGCGCUGCCGCCACUGACUUUUGCUGCUUCCGAAACCGUGGCUGCGUCGUCGAGAAGGAAGAUUCUAAUGGAGAGGAACGAGUUCGUCAGGUCUUCUGUUUCAUUCGAGUUGCUUGGGAGCGAAGGUAGAGUUCCUGAACGAGCCACUGGCUGCAGCUGUCGGUUUGCGUCGGAGAUACAUGAGAAUUGGCUGAAUUCCAGAAUGGGUUUUGAUUAUCGAGGGAGCUUUGAUCAUUCCAAUGCGAGAAAAGGGAUCUGCGAAAUCAAGAACCAUCAACGAGGGAGCUAUGGCCACUCCAAGGAAAAAAAAAGGGUAUUGCCAAAUCAAGAACCAUUAAUGUGCCCUCGUGCCCUAUGUAUCACCAUCUUCUAGGAUUGUUGUGCGGCCUCGAUUCCUUCGUUACAAGUCGAAUCCCCGUCUUCAGUAAAAGAAUCGACUUUUUCAAGGUUGGUAUUGAUAAUGAACUUUUGGAUCCCUUGUUUUCGUUUGAGGAGGUCUCUGAAGAAGCGGAACCUUUGGGUCAGCAUAAUAAGGAAGAAUCCCCCGCCUCUUCGAUAAGCCAGAAGCCAGAAGCCAGAAGCCAGACCUUAAUCCAGGAGCAGAAAAAGAAGCAAUGAUGUGGUGCCUUACACUUGUGCUAGGCCUAAAGUUGCUCCACUUCUCUUGGUUUUUCUAGCAAUCACAUGCCUCUAUAUACACUAACGAUAUUCUGGAAUGGUUUCACCUUCAUUCUUGCUUAAAGGAAUUUUGAGAGCCUCAGAUGUGGAUCAAGGUCUUCAUGCAGGUAACGAUAAAGAAGAGGCUAACAGAAUAUUGGAUGCAGGUCGAGAUCUUGAUGUCAGUAGUAAUGAAGCAGAGAUAACCGGAGGGCAGGAUAAUCUAAACCAUGUAAUUGAGCCAGCAACUGAAGAAAAUAUGGAGAAGGAAACAACUGAGGGGUUGACAGAAAUGGGCAAUGGCUCUGAACAUGUGAAAGAAGAUAUUCCUGCAGAUUUUGAGUCGAGGAGGAGGGAAAUCCAAAGUGUGGUUUCAGAACAUAUUGAAGAAUAUGAUAGUUCUGAGGAGUAUGAGAGUGAUGUCAAGGUGAUCGGCAGUGGGUCAGAAAACAAGGAACCAAAAAUCUACAUCAACUCCAAAGAUCAGAAUGGACAAGUAUCUGAAAAAGUUCACAAAAACUGUUAUGAUUUUGUUGGUGAACUUGAGGCUGCUGAUAACCAAGGGGAUGACAUGAACUUACAGUUUACUAUAAAAUAUGGAGGCUGAGAGUUUAGGUGGAAGUGUUUGUGGAUCUGUUGAAGAUAAUAAUCAUUAUAAUAGCCUUGAAUCAUCUAAGAAUAAAGAAAUGUACAAAGGGAUGAUCUCUGAAUCAAGCUGUGAUUGGUUUGUUUCUGAUUGUGACUGUGACCACCAUCAUUUUGACCUUCGAUCUGAAUCAGAAGCUAAGGUUUGGACCUACAUAUGCAAGAUCAACAUCAGAGCUGAUCAAUUCUGGCUCAUUUCCUGGUAGCGGGAAAAGAUACGGUGAUGUCUAUCUAUCGGCUAUAAGCCCUGGCUGGGAAACAAGCUUGUGCAUCCUCAGGCUGUGAAGGAAGAAGAUCGAGAAAGAACUUUUACACUGCCUUCUUCAGUCCUCUAUGGAAGUUUUACAGCUUACAGAUUAAUUCGUUUUAAAAGAGUGUGUGGUUAGUUGCUAUUCUGUUAGUGUUAUAAAUAAAAAAUGUUGAAACUAACAUUUCAUAAAAUUUCUCUUAAGGGCUCUAAAGAUGAAGAUGCCAUGACUCCAGUGAGGCGAUCGAUCCUGAUUAGGAAUCAAUACGCUUCGCGGUGACAGGGGAUGAGAGGGUCUUCGGCAAAGAUCUAUGUGACGGUUUGGCAGAAACAACUGGAAAUGAAUGAGAAGCUGUUUGGGAAGAAUUACAGGUUGAGGUGCUAUGUUGCCUUAUGUUUGUGAAUCAACAUGGCGACAUCAGAUACAUCUAAAGAACAUCUGAUGGCAGGAUUUGAGCUACGUUUCAUCAUUUGUGGAGUGGGAAUGGGUGCCGCAUUUUAGGCCAAAGCAACUCUAGAGCAAGAGAGGUGCAUAUAUUGCAACAUCCACAAAUGUC